AUUGGCGGAGAUCACAGUCAAUCAUAUCAGUUCAGUUGGGCUUUCCUGGCUUGACAGCUGUCACUGUACACUGAGGUCAAGGGGAAAGAAGCAUGGCAGCGUUGUUUAGAGGGUCGCGAAAUUUAUUGUUAAGGUGGACUAAGCAUGUCGACCUUGCUUUCGUGUCAACGCGAUCAAUGGCCUCAAAAACCCCCGUGGGGUUUGUUGGUCUGGGAAACAUGGGCACCCCCAUGGCCAGAAACCUGUUAAAAAACGGUUAUCCUGUUAUUGCCACUGAUGUCUUCCCUGAGUCCUGCAAGGAGCUGCAGGACAUUGGUGCCCAGGUAGUAGACUCUCCAGCAGAGGUGGCGGAGAAAGCCGACCGCAUCCUCACAAUGCUGCCCUCCAGUCCCAACGUCAUUGAAGUCUACACAGGUCCAAAUGGCAUCCUCAAAAAGGUGAAGAAGGGAACACUGUUGAUUGACUCCUCCACCAUCGACCCCGCUGUCUCAAGAGAGAUGGCAGUCGCUGCAGAGAAGAUGGGAGCCGUGUUCAUGGAUGCUCCAGUGUCAGGAGGAGUCGGGGCUGCCAGCCUGGCUAAACUCACCUUCAUGGUAGGUGGAGUGGAGGAGGAAUACAACGCUGCGCAGGAGCUGCUCACCUGCAUGGGAGCCAAUGUUGUCUACUGUGGAGGGGUCGGCACUGGACAGGCAGCUAAGAUCUGCAACAACAUGCUCCUGGCCAUCGGGAUGAUUGGGACCGCAGAGACCAUGAACCUCGGCAUCAGACUGGGUUUGGAUCCUAAGCUGCUGGCAAAGAUCCUCAACAUGUCGUCAGGUCGUUGCUGGUCCAGUGACACGUACAAUCCAGCCCCCGGCGUCAUGGAGGGAGUCCCCUCUGCCAACAACUACCAGGGUGGCUUUGGAACCACACUAAUGGCCAAGGAUCUCGGUUUGGCUCAAAACACUGCCACCAACACUAAGACACCCAUCCCUCUGGGUUCCCUCGCCCACCAGAUAUUCCGAGUCAUGUGCUCCCGUGGCUACGCUAACAAGGACUUCUCAUCCGUCUUCCAAUUCCUACGCGAGGAGGAAGGACAGUGAAUAGAGGGGGAAGCACAGUUGACUGUGAUGUUACCAUACAUAAACACACAGACACACACACACACUACAACCACACACCCCAGUGCCCCUUAUCCCCCCUAUGCUCAGGAGAGACUAAGGCCUUGCCCUCAGGCGCAGAUUUGCGGUCCAAUUAACAUACUGUAUGUCGCACCAUGUCCCCUCAUAGCAUUAGCUGAAUCAUAUUCUCAAUACACAACUCUCCCUCUGCAUGGGGGAAAUGCUAAAACUGACCUUAGAUCAGUAUCUAGAGACAAAGCCGCUCUCUUCCCAGUUUGGUCUGAGGGGCCAGAGCGGAACAUGAGAAGUAGGAUGAGGCAGGAUUAUAUACACCAAUUCAAAUAACAUGUGGUUUUUCAAGAUGAUUGAUAAGUAAUAACUGCAUGAUUGUUAAAAAUGUGCUUUUGUUGGGUUUGUGCUGCUUACUGUUACCCAAAUGACUCGGACUGAAAAGAAAACACAAGCUACAGUAAGGAUUCACAUAGUGAUGGAAAUUAAAUUUAAGAGACGGUGCAAGAGAGUGCAGACUUUAGGUUACCCUUUUCCUACUGGAGAAAACAAAUCCCAUAUCCACAGCACUUCAUUUGAGAUAACCAAAACGAGCUUCUCUGUGGGCUCAAAGUUUGCUUGUUUGUUACAUAAGUCUGUUUUUGGCAGGUAGGUGGGGUCAUAAGUCACCGGAGUCAUCCUGCCAGCAAAACAUACUUUUAUUUGUCGAUUUCAAUUUUCAAUCAUCCAGUUUUAUUUUUUCAUAUUUCAUGUUCUAACAACAUUCACGUCACUACUCACUGGAUGGACCUCUUCUGCUUCUAGUUUAAAUGCUGUGAUAUAUAUCUGGUUAUUUUUGCACUGUGUGCAUCGCAGUGCGAUGUUCCGGGCCAUUUUGAUACAGUUACAGAAUCUGUUUGAACUUACCUCACUUCUCUUGUGUCUACAUCUGCUUAUCGAGCCACUGGAGUAUUAUUUUGUGACCAACACUGUUUGAACUUUCUACUGUUCACUACAAAAUGUUGUUCUCACUGCACUUUCUCUAGCCCGGUUUGACUUUUAAUAUCUCUCCACUGUCUCUGUCUCUGUCUCAUAACUUGUACGACAUCUGUGUGAAGUGUGAGCGAGGAACGUUUCCUCCCUGCUCUGAGCAAAUGUACAUAAUGUAUAUUUCAUAUUGUUCUGUAGUAUUGAAGAGGAAGCUGAAUGGUCACUUUUUGUAGUAAAAUUCUUUAAUUGUGUCUACAGUUUGUCUUUGCUCUGUGAAACAGAUCCUCAGUCACACUGAAGCCUAAAAUAAAAGAUGUUCUGUGUA